GAAAUUUUAAGUAGAUUUAAGCGUAAGGAAAGGGGAAGCAGCAGUUCGGACAGUGAGACCUCACCGCAAGGAAAAAGAGUUUGUAGCCAAGAACCAAACGAAACGGACGAGAUACUCGUCGCCUUAGAUAUGUCGAAGGACAUAGGAGCGAAGCUACAACAAGUUCUAGAUAAGCUCGGCGAGAUGGACAAAAAAAUUGAAAGUGUUAUGGCUAACGUGGCUAGUCUAGAAAAGACGAUGACCAACAUUCAAUCAGAAGUGUCGUCACUCAAGGUCAGAGCCGACUCGGCAGAAAUCACAUUGAAAGAAAUGGAUACAGGUUUACAAUUUGCAAAUGCCGAAGUUGAGGAUCUCAAAACACAAAGCAGGAAUAAUCAACAAAGUAUCGUAUCCCUAAAAGAGCGUCUUCUCUAUCAGGAGGUCUACAACCGCAGAGAGAAUUUACGAUUUUUUGGCCUUCCUGAAAGUACAGAGUCAACAAUUGAAGACUCAAGCGAAGUGUUGUACCGUUUCUUGGAAAGAGAUCUUGAUAUCGAAGGGGCUCGUAAUAUUGAGUUUCAGAGAGUUCAUCGCCUCGGAAGGAAAAAAGAAGGCGCCUCGCGCCCCAUCAUCGCACGUUUCCUUAGAUAUCCUGAUCGGGAACGGGUCUUUAAAGCUGCUUUGGAAGCACAGGAUGAGAUUGAUGUUAAAGUGUAUGCAGAUCUACCUAAGGAGAUACAAGAAAAUCGGAAGAAGCAAUGGCCACGGUUAAAGCGCGCAAGAGAGGAGGGUAAAACUGCCUACUUUAGUAGAAAAGAGCCGGACAAAUUAUUUAUUGAGGGACAUUUCGUUGCUUCAUAAUGUUUUUUUUUUCCUUUUUCGGUGGGUCAUAAUUUAAUAUUAAACUUUAUUUAGUGUCAUACCGCGGGAGCACUUUUAGCAUAUGCAAUUAGUGGUUAUUAACGGCAGCCUUUAUAUCCUACAUACAUACAUACAUACAUACAUACAUACAUACAUACAUACUUUAUUUGAACAGCUCCCUGUCUAGGGCUCUUCCGUCGUCAAUACUAACAACUAAUUACAUGAAUAUAUCCUAAUAUGCUAAAAACUAAAAGUUACAAAUUUAACAAAUAUUUACAGACUUUAGCCUUAGACUUUUUAAGAUCGGAAGUUUGCUUAAUCUCGUUUGGGAGGUUGUUAUACAACUUUGCACCCCGAAAAGUAAAUGAUCGUUGCCCUGUUUUUAAUCUACAAAUUGGAAGGUCUAACUCUCCACUGCCUCUAGUGUUUCUGCCGUGAAUCUUCGAGCGCUGAAUAAAUUUUCCAGUAAGAUAGUUGGGUAUCAGGCCAUGAAUACACUUAUGAACCAUUAAUAAGUCGUUUACAAGCAGUCUGUCAUUCACAUUAAGCCGAUUUAGAGAUUUCAGGCCUUCCGUGAUAUGAUCGUAUUUCUUUAGGCCUAAAACGAUUCUACAUGCGAAAUUUUGGAUUAAUUGAAGUUUCUUAAUGUUUUCUUUAGUCGUGUUGCUCCAAACCGUGGAGCAAUAAUAUAACCUACUAAAUAUAAAAGCGUUCAUCAAGAAGACAAGAGUUUUACUGUCCAGAAGAUGUUUUAUCCUAUUAACGCGACUUAUGUUGUUUAUGUUAAAUGUUUUGUGUUUUUUGACAGUACGUUGUGCUAUUAUUCCUUUCGUUGUUAAUUUAUGUAUUUCUUGUGUACCAGUUGUCAUCUCAAGAUUAGGCAAUAACGUUACGAUAGUAAGGAUUAUACUGAUUUUAAAUUAUUAUCCUUGAAUGUUCGAGGGAUUUGCUCCGCUACGAAGAGAAAAGCCCUUUUUAUGUGGUUAAAAGAACAGAAAUCGGAUAUUAUUUUUUUACAAGAAACCUACAGUACAGCAGAAGUUGAAGAUAUCUGGAGAACACAAUGGCAGGGUAAGCUUUUCUUUUCACAUGGUACUUUUCAUAGCUGUGGGGUAAUGGUUCUGGUUAGAGGUGAUUUAGAUUUCAAUUUGAUUUCGAUUAGGACGGACGAUGAAGGUCGCUAUAUUGUAUUAGAAGCUGAAGUGCAAGGAGCAAAUUUCUUAUUGGUAAACGUUUAUGUUCCUAACAAAGUUCAGGAACAGUGCCGUUUUAUUGAAAAUCUGAAUCGAUGA